AUGAUUUACUCGGUAAUAAAUGUAUUUGUAAUUUGUUUAAUAACAACUAUCCAAGCGAAACCCCAAUAUAUUGUCGACGUCAUAGACAUCGACUGGAAUGUAACAUCUACAAAUAAUUGUGAUAUGGAAUUUAGGAUUUCACAGCCUACACGUGGAAUUUAUGCUGUUAGUGGAUUUAUUGAAUUUAAAGAAGACAUAAAUACAGAAAAUGCCACGGCUUGGGUUCAUAUCUACUAUAGUACCAAUGCCAUUUCCUAUACGUUGACCCCCUUCCAUAUAUCGCCUACAGUGUUAACAAAUAUAAUGAAUUUUCUUUAUAAAAAUUAUCUAAUGGACUCGGUAAAAGAAUGUUGCGAAAAUCCCAUAGAUUUCGAAAAUAAAUUUGUGUCACCUUUAACGAAGCGUCGUUUGAUAUGCGAAAACUGUUUAAUGAAAAGUGAUAAUUUUCCUUCACACUUGCGCGUGGGAUUCUAUAAGUUGGAAGGAAAAACAGCUGGUGAAAUUGAUUUCGCACUGACAUUGACAAUAAAACUGGAUAAAGAAUGAAAUUGAAGUUUAUGAAUCAGAUUGUUAAUAAAAGUAUAUGUGU